AUGUACACUCUGGACGACAUCGAGAUGGGAUGGCUGGCAAAUGGCCUCAUCGUGGACCCGGCAGUCGAAGACAAACUCUCAAAUUUCGAGUUCGAAUUCGUGUCUUCGAACGCUACCAAGUGCGACUGCUACGAAUGCAUACCCCCCAUCGCGCCCUGCGUCAGGGCGAAUCUCAUACUGUCGAGGAAAGCCCUUGGGCAUCUGUUGGCCACUUUUCUUCCCUCCGGGCUCUUCGUCGCCGUGUCUUGGGCAUCCCUCUUUUGGCCGGCAGAUGUCAUCCCAGGUCGCACAGUUCUUGUCAUCACUUCUUUGCUCACUCUGGUAUCGAUGCAUACAGCUGUCAGGCAGUCGAGUCCGGAAACGAGUUAUAUAAAGGCAGUCGACAUAUGGAUGUUCAUGUGCAUCGUGCUCUCCAUCCUGAUACUUUUCGAGUAUGGUCUCGUUCUCAUCUUCAGGAAGUACAAGCCUUUUCAGUCGGCUUUGAGGACUGUGCAGCAGCCAGUUGCAAUCAAAAGCGGCGAGAGCAAAAGGGGAGCGACUCCCAUCGCGCAAGUCAACCACGAAGACCGAAUAGAGAAAGUCACAAGGAUAUUGAUACCUGUCCUUUUCCUGCUCUUCAAUUUCGUCUACUGGCCACAUUAUUUAUAAAUCUGCCCUCACAGAGGAGACUGAGAAAGGAGGACAAACUCAUUAUUGGGUGAAAGCAUUAAACAUUUAAUUGGAUGCCAAUUCCUUUUUCAACUGACUUUGCGUCUCUACCUGAGACAGGCGGGAGGGAUGCUCUGUGACGAAGAAACCGUCCUGGCACAAGGCCAUCUUCAACAGCAGUAAACGAUAACGUGAAUCUUGCGUCCAACAUCUGAAGUAUUCCAUAAUUCAUAUUCUCU